GGAAACUCCCCUCCGCCGUCCGCCGACUUCCCCCACCACUUCCUGGGAGCUCGGGCGGAGCCACUUCAAUGUUUUCGGAGCUAACUUCACCGACGUGAAAGAGCCGGCAAGCUCCACUUUUAAUCAACUGAAGGAAAAUCAAUUUAAACCUUGGAAUUAACCUUUAUUAACGAUGCCUGAAAGGCGUUUGGGCGAGCCAUAGUCCGGUUUGUCCAAAAUGAUUUCGAAAUUCUCUUUCCCGCUCGACGAAUCUUCAAAAAAAAUCUUUGACGAGGAAAAAGGGAAAUGCGUCGUCGUGUCCUUCUUCGGCAAGUCGGACGUCCGGUCUUUCGGCUGCAAGGGCGCUCCGGCCGACGAGGCGAGCGAUCGCCACGUCUUCGCCGGCCGAAACGCGACCACCCCGGUCGACCCCAGGACACAGGUUCUGGUCGAGGGUUUCCACGACAAGGCCAACAGAAUUCUGUAUCUGCACCUGCGAAGCCCCUACGACGCCUUCCACUUUGCCGAGUUGGUCAGCGAUGAAUCCAAGUCGCCUCAAGAGCUCUUGUCCGAGUUUCGAAGUCAGCACGCCAAGGCGUUGCUGUUCUUGUUCUGCGUUUCGCACAUCCUGGUGCUGUCGUCGCCGAGUCCGAGGUUCGAGACGCCCUACCUGCAGCUCUUUCGCACCCUCGACCUCAUCCGACAAAAGGCGGCUCCCGUUCUGACCGACCACCUGCAGAAGGUGUCCGGCGUGGGCGCAGACUGGGUCGCUCAGCAGCGCCUCUGCGCCCCCCGAAUGCUUUUCUACUUCGAGUCGAAGCAACUCGGCGCCCGAAGCCAGCUCAAGAGACUCGAACACUCCGUCGAGGACCAGAUUUACCGGCUGCUCAGGAGAUGCAGAAUUAUUACCAAUUCAACGGUGAAUUCCUUGUUUGCCAUUCCGCUGAACCACGAGUACGUUUUCAUCGAGGAUCAAGAUUUGAACGUUUUAGACAAAACUCAACAGGCUGUGAACAGAGCCCUGAAAUUUUGCCUCGGGUUGAUGGAGGAAAAACCAAAAACAAACGAGCCUCCACCGAAAAGUGUUCACAACUUUAGGGAGUUUCUCUUCGAACAUGUAGAUUCUGCCUUGAGCAAAGGAUUCGACGACACCCUUGGCAGGCACACCAGCACAGCCCAUUUUGAGGUGCCGCCACUGUCAGUUUGGUCUUCGGCGGCUCAGGCUGUGUACAAAGUGUUUCUGGGCGAGGAGACAAGCAACUCGAAGCACAGGCAGCUGCUGAACAUGUUCAGCACCUCGUUUAACGCGUCGAUUCGGUUUAGCGAAGCCAGGUGCAAAAAGGUGCUGCCCCUCGCGUUCGCCUCCUACCAGGAAGGGUUGCCUACCCACUACACGCAGGCCUAUCACGAUGGAAGGUUGGCGUACGCCCUGUCGGUGUUUUCGCAACACGCUCGAGGCCCGUCUUGUGCCAAGUACGUGGAAGGGCUGAAAAAGUCUUGCGACGAGCACUGGCACGACGGCCGGCAGAUGUGCGAGGUGCUCAGCCUCACAGGCAACCCCUGCACGCAGCCCCUCCACCUCACCAUCGACGAGGAGGAACCCUGCCAGACCGCCUUACAAAAAAAGGAGCCGCUGUCGACGAUUCCGCACCUGAGCGGCGUCAGGUACGUGUCGACGUGCAACUGCGGCCGCAAACAGGGUCCCAGGGAGGACCCUUUCGUGCUCAGGACGGCCAACUGCGACUUCUACGCGGCGCUGGCCGCCGACUGCUGCGACAGACACGAAAAGUGGGCGUUCCCCGUCUUCCAGCCCAGCAUCAAGGACUUCAAGGCGGCCAGGGUGGCCGUCGACGAGGACACCGGCAAGCAGGAGAAGUUCAGCUUCGGAGGACUUUUGUCGGGGAUGGACGAGGCGGCGCAAAUGAAGGACGGCGACGAGUUCGUGGACCAACAAUUGUUUCUCAGGAUGGAGGAGAUGUGCUUGGACUCGGCAAAAGAAAAGGGUCUGGUGCGUCAGGCGUCGACGACCGAGUACCUGCCAGGGAUGCUGCACUCAGGGUCGCCGGUGGGGUUGCUGCCGCAGUUCCCGUCGUGGUCGCUGGUGUGUCUGGGGCCGUCGUCCGUUUACUCGCACAACCACGGCCUCACCGACCAGCCCGGCUUCCUGCCCGGCUCGGCCUACCUGCUGCCCUGGGACGUCUCAGUCCGCUUCGAACCCUCCGAAAUGGGCAAGGCCGAGGCCAAGUGGACCUCCGUGGGCACCGCCGGGGUCAACAUCCCCGUCUCGCCCAACCAGCAGCGCAAGUUCGGUGGAAACGUCAAGAACCGCAAGACCAAAGUCGGAAAAGACCACAUUGAAUUUUCGGUGAAGAUUUUCCUGGGCAUCGAGUACGAAUGUCCCAGGGGUCACAGAUUCAUGCUGUCCAGCCCGGACAAAAUGCUCAAGGCCUCAGGAUCCGGAAUAGUCAAGGAAACCGGAGCCAAGGUCGCUUCGAGUGACAUGCCCCUCUACUGCCUCUGUCCCUGCAAAAUGAACUCGAAACCUUUGCUGGCGCAGCUGAUGCGGAUCCACGUGGUGACCCCGAAGGCGCCGGUGCACAUUACCCUGAACCCGAAGGUGCAACCAGCGCCCGACCCUUGCCCCCUUUUCGUCGUUGGACUCAACGAACCCCUCAAACUCUCGCAGAGCGCCUACUGGAUUCUCAGACUCCCAUUUGUAUACAUGGCUGAGCAGAAUUUGUAUAGGGCCCCAAAGGAGCCAGUUCCGCUGAAUUUCGGCCGCCUCCUCGCAGGCUGCUACGGAAUCGUCCAAGCUCCGCCAACCAACUUCUAAAAUGGUUUUUUUUUUAUAAAAACUCUAAAUUCGUGAUCAAGUUAAUACAUUAGAUUUGUUUACCACGUUGUGGCCAGUAAAUUUUUUGAUUCAAAUUUUUUAAUGAAUUGAACGGAGAAAAAAUUUCCAUAUAUUUACACGAAAAAAAUCCCUUUUAUAAGAAAUUUAUAGAUCUUAUAUUAAUGGCGGGUUUGUUGACAAAUAAAUUUUUUAUUGGAAGUGACGCAACUUUAGCCAACGAAAAAAGCGACAGAGAGAUCCUUUGGAAGUCGCGCUUUUUGUUCCUGUUGAAGUUGAAUGAACUCCAACAUAUCAACAGAAUUUAAUUAAAAAUAGAUCAAUUUAAAAAGAUCAUCCAUUAAUUAAUGGAAAAAGAUUUAUUUCCGGAAAUAAAAUCGAUUAUUUUUAUUACUUUUUUGUCUUGGAAAGUGUUGCGUAAGAAAGCUGAUGUGCCUCGGCAAUCAAUUAGUCGCGACUUCCUCGAUGGCGUUUUUGUCUCAGCGGGUCGAGUCGCCUGCCUGGUGCGGAAGGUGCGCCUUUGUGCAAACGAGACGAGUAAUCGCGAGAAAGCGUUUCUUGAAUCGAUCGGCACUGCCACCAAAUCCGCAAAAAAAUAAUAACAAAUGCGCACUUCAUCAAUCAGGAGAGAAUUAUUUCUGCGAUAAAAACAUAAAUUAUGAAAAUUUAUUCGAGAAAAUUUAUUCAUUUUUCAUGAUAAUUUGUAAAAUUGAGCAAAAUUUUGUUACUUUUCUAUUUCUCUAAAUAUUAAAUUAUUUGUAAUUAUCAAUUGUUGACUUGUUAUCUUCCUAAGGUAUAAAUGAUUUCAAAUUUGAGAUCGGCACACUCAAAAACCUAUAUUUUGACACCCAUGAAAAUGUAUAUCAAUACCCAGAGAACGACCCUGAACUCACCCUGAAGAGUUGAAUACGUGAUUUAAUCCAUUUUAGACAAAAUUUCUUUCUAUAAAAAUUGAAUUUGUUACGAAAAAGACCCUUUUUGACCCUGAGAAACUCCGAUUUAUUCAAUCAAAUAUUUUGAUUUGGAAUAAAUUAAUAAAAUUUAUUGCUUCCCGA